ACGGCGGCGACGGGGGUCGUGACCCCUAACCCGGCGAGCGGGAGCCGCCACUCGAGCAGCUACGAGCUGCAGAUGCGGCCGCUGGAGCCGGUGGCGGGGGGGGCGGCGGCGUCGGCCACGGGGGCGGCAGCGGCGCGGAGGGCCGAGAGGGACGGGAACUAUCCAGCGGCGGAGGAGGAAGAGGAGGAAGGUGGCGAGCAGCCGCAGCGGCAGUAUCAGCAGCAGCAGCAGCACGAGUCGGCGGACUACAUCUCGUACUACCACGACUACCCGGUGAACACGCGCGUGUCCAUCAUCAGCGACGGCGCCUUCGACUUCGUGCCCGCGACGCCGACGCUGUCGCCGGCCGAGAAGGCGUUCUUCGAUCGCGGCGACGUGCCGAAGGAGGAGGAGAGGGAGGAGGAGGACGAGGAGGUGGAGCUGCUGCUGCGGCAGACGGAGGAUGCGACGGUGGCAGCGGAGGUUCAGACGAGGGAGAAGAAGAAGAAGAAGAAAGAGGAGGAGCUGGAGGAGGAGGAGGAGGAGGAGGAGGAGCGUGACACUGAAGCCGGUUUUGACGACGGACGAGUGCCCGGAGGAAAGAAGCGCGUGGCGUCAGGAGAGCAUGGGGCGGAGGCGGAGGAGGAGGUGGAGGAUUGGGAAGUCCUGGAAGAGGAGGAGGAAGGAGAGGAGGAGGAGGAGGACGUCGGGCGACAGAGGCGGGAGCGCCGGGGGCAGACGAGGGGCGACGAAGGGGACGUGGCGGGGGCCAUCAAAUCGGAGCGGGAGUUUGACGACGAGCCGCAGUUCCGGUUCACGUUCCCGGAACCGGAGCCGGCACGGCCGGCCCAUUCGGGGCCUCCGCGGUGCGGCGCCGAGGAGUCCCCCGAGGCGUCGCGCCGGCCUCCCGCUCGGCAAAACCCAGAGCCGGAGUCGCCGCCGGCACGAUCGCGGGAAUCGAAACCGCGGCCGGAGUCGCCGGCGAGGCCCCGCGGGGCGUCGCCGCGUGACCCCGCCGCGGAGGAGGAGCAGGAGGAGCGGAAGGAGGGCAAGGAGGGGCCCGAGCGGAGGAAGAGGCCGUCGGUGUCCAAGGCGGCGAAACCGAAAGUGGAGGUCAUCGAGGAGGUCAUCCGCGUGCGAGACAGAACACCGGAGCAGAAGGCCAUCCUGACGUCCAUGCUGGUGCUGCUCUUCAUCGGCCUCUCCGUUCUCUUCGCUCACGUCUUCAGCUGAAGAGCGAGAGGUCACGGGAGACGGCACGGCAGGGGAGGGGGAGGGAGGGAGGAGGGGGGGUGAUCCGGCGCACGGAAGGAGGGCGAGAAGAUUUUGUUGUUGUUGUCGUCGUUGUCGUCACGAGCUGGCGUUGCUUUGAAGAUGAAACGGAGGAAUUGAAAAACGCCACGACCACCGGUCUGAGAGGGGUGGCGGUGGGCGGUGGGCGGGGGGCGGGGGG